UUGAUAGAAUACACACCGUCCAUUGAGGCAAAGAUAUGGAUACGACCGACAUUAGUUUCUAGCGUUUGUAACAAUAUUACAUGUCGUCUAUUAGUCCUCCAGGCAAACGACAAUACCGCACAUUUCAUUUUACAUAUAUAUGCCCUCCUUUUAAAAACUUUCGCGGUUUCUUCCUCUGCAAAACCCUAACAAAACCCUAGAAUCCCUCUCUUUCUUUCACAUGCAAUUCCCAGAAAUGAAAUCAGCUCUCAGAUGCUUCCACUCUCCUAAACUUCUUCUCCCUCUCCUCAAACCAUCCCACUCUCUUUCUCGCCAAUUUCCUCAAAUUUCCCGCCAAAUCCACUCCGUAAACCCUCGUCUCUGCUCCGAACCCGACUCCAGCCAUCCACCCGAAACCCCAAGUCCCCCUCGUGUAUGGUCUAUUUAUGAUCCUGUCGCUGCUGGUCAUGCUACCAAAAUGACGGUUACAGGCAGCGAAGAAGCUCGAGAGCUGGAGCCCGUCCCAGUUCCGGAGUCGAGUGUUGGUGAUGAUUUGGAGAGGGAGAUGGUUUAUGGGAAGUUAAGAAGUCAAAGUUCAGGGGAUUUGGAGAAACCCCACGUGAAGAAGAACGGUAGUUUAGGCGUUGGGGGCAUAAUAGGAAAUAAGAAGAAAGGGAAGGGCAAUAGAGUAAGUUGGGUUUGUGCCGACUGUGGCCACACGGAUGGGCAGUGGUGGGGGACGUGUCGGUCGUGUAAGAGCGUGGGGACGAUGCAGAUGUUUUCUGAAGGGGAUAGUGGAAAUAGACACGUGGUGGAGAGGACUUGGCUGCCGCAGAAGCCGGAACAGGUGCAGCCAAUGCGUCUGCGAGAUGUGAACAAGGGGAUUAGUCAGUUGAAUUGGAGAAUUCCUUUGUCUGGACCCUUCGGGAAUGAAGUUGCUAGGGUGCUUGGCGGUGGUCUUGUACCAGGCUCUUUGGUUGUGGUUGGUGGAGCUCCUGGUGUUGGCAAGAGCACAAUGUUGUUGCAGAUGGCUGCAGCAAUAGCUGAAGGCCGUGAUGUUGGUGAACGUGCUCCGGUUGUGUAUGUUUCUGGUGAAGAGACUGUUGAGCAAAUUGGAAAUGCAGCUGAUCGGAUGGAGAUUGGAACGGAGGAACUUUUCUUGUAUUCCAGCUCAGAUUUAAAGGACAUAUUAGAAAAAGUUCGGCCCUUCUCCCCUCUGGUGCUAAUAAUUGAUUCAAUUCAAACAGUUUAUUUAAAGGAAGUUACUGGAAGCGCUGGAGGGCUCAUGCAGGUGAAGGAAUGUACUUCGGCCUUGCUACGUUUUGCCAAGGAGUCUAACAUCUCAAUUCUUUUGGCUGGGCAUGUGACAAAAUCUGGUGACAUAGCUGGGCCUCGUGUUCUCGAGCACAUUGUUGAUGCUGUCUUAUAUAUGGAAGGUGAAAAGUGCUCAUCUUAUCGUCUGCUUCGAGCUGUGAAGAAUCGUUUUGGUUCCAUUGAUGAGCUUGGGGUAUUUGAAAUGUCUCAAUUAGGACUGCAAGUUGUUUCAAACCCCAGUCAGAUGUUUUUAAGUGAGCAGCACUCAGAUUCUGAUGUUUUAGCUGGACUUGCUGUUGCUGUUAUUAUGGAUGGUACUCGGACAUUCCUUACUGAAAUUCAGGCUUUAUGUGUGUCUGGCUCAACAGUUUCAAGACAUGUCAAUGGUAUCAAAGCAAGCAGAGCUGACAUGAUUAUUGCAGUUCUUAUGGAGCAAGCUGGUCUGGAGCUUCGAGAAAACGCCUUAUUUCUAAAUGUUGUUGGAGGGGUGGCCUUGAAAGAGACUGCUGGGGAUCUUGCUGUAGCAGCAGCAAUUUGUAGCAGUUUCUUGGGGCUCCCUAUUCCUAAUGGCAUUGCAUUCAUAGGCGAAAUUGGCCUUGGUGGUGAGCUUCACAUGGUACCGGGAAUGGAGAAAAGGGCUGGUAUGGUGGCAAAAUUAGGAUAUGAAAAAUGUAUAGUCCCCAAAUCAGCCGAGAAAUCUCUUGCAAGUAUGGGUUUGGAGAAGAUGAAAAUCAUAGGCUGCAAGAAUCUGAAAGAGGUCUUCAACAUUGUGUUCCCAUCCCAUCGCCAUCUAGUUGUAUAUUAA